AUCAAAUCUGUCAAAUUAAUUUCGUGCCUGGAAGCAUGGCCAGUUGCGAGCUGGUGCUGGUACAGUUCUAGGUCCAAUCUGGCGCUCAUGGCAAAUUUCUCGAAGGAAUGCGUUUCUAUUUUUUUCUUGCUGCAGCAGGUGAGCCGUGCCCACCAGGUUUCUAAAAGAUGCCGAUCCGCAGGUCCCAGACCCUGAUAUUCACAAAUGCUCGUGAAUCGGGACAAGGGACGUGUUGGAAGAUGUACCGGGGCCGGAGACCACACAGGGGGGCUGGCAGCCUUUGCGAUAGACCACACCUCUUGCGCGUCCUUUUAACUAGCCACCCAUCAUGGCGUAUAUUUCCGCUUGCUCGUCAGCAGGCUCGAUUUUACUGUUUGUACUGCAGCUUGCAUCUGAUUUAUCGCACGAUGGCCUACCACGGAAGUCUCGUUGUCGUUGACGUGGUUGGUCCAGUCUUCUUCCGUACUUCGAUGCUUCCUCCGAGUAUCGCGACAAUGCUGGCACGCAGGGAUAUGUAGACCCUUUGCUCUGGAAUGUGGGCACCACAAAGUUUGACGUCACUAUAGUGAUAUUUUCGUGCCCAUCAUCCGCUGCCUUGCAUCUGCUUAUGUGGUGAUGAUUGCGAACGCUGCGGCGUCGUGCUUGGGUAUC